CCAAGAAAUUGUACUCACCACUGAACUGGAAAUAUCUAUGUCGUACUCACUGACUGACGUGGCGUUGAUUUUCAGUGCCACAAGUUUGCCGCGCAUGCCACUAUUUUAUUUUCCUGUGGCUCAGCAUUAUCUGGUUCGGUAAUCGGUUGCGCUGUUUAAUUUAUCGCUGUUAUCGAAAGUGGGACUGAAAAGUAUGGCUCAUUACGGACAACCUGCACCUGGUUAUGGUGCUCCGCCUCAACCUGGCUAUGGAGCCCCCCAAGGCCAACCUGCACCUUAUGGUGCACCACCGGGACAGGCUUAUGGCGCUCCUGCACCUGGGUACGGGGCUCCUCCUGGUCAACCAGCCCCUGGUUACGGAGCUCCCCCGGGACAACCGGGGUAUGGAGGUGCACCUGCAUAUGGCGCUCCACAAGUCGAUCCAGCGGUUUUGGCAUGGUUUCAAGCGGUUGAUGCAGAUAGGAGCGGAAGAAUUUCUGCAUUAGAGCUUCAGCAGGCUCUAACAAACAAUGAUUGGACAAGAUUUUCCAUUGCAACUUGUUAUGGAAUGAUCGGACUUUUCGACAGAGAUUUCUCCGGAACGAUUGAUAUUAAUGAAUUCGGACAAUUGUGGGGAUUCAUUAACCAAUGGAGGGGAGUGUUCAGCAGUUUUGAUCAAGAUAGAUCUGGUACUAUCAGCCACCAAGAACUUCAUACUGCUAUUUCUAGGCUAGGUUACAACUUGUCACCAACAUUUGUGAAUAUAGCGAUGUACAAGUUUGACCACGAUCGUAGAGGAUCUCUAAAUUUUGAAGGUUUCAUUAAUUGCUGUAUGAUGCUGCAGCAAUGCACACAUCAUUUCCAAAUGAAGGAUACUCAACGCUCUGGAAGAGGACAAUUUAAUUAUGAUGAUUUUAUGUAUGCAGGAUUGAUAUGUCUUAAACCCUGAAUUUUUUACUGAGUUUGGGAAUGUUAUUUGUGUUCCAAAUUAGGUACUACCACUAUUAUUCUGAUAUUUUUUUGACGAAAGUCAAUCUCCAAUUUGUAGUUCAUUUUACUAUAUCUAUAUAAUAUUUGCUCAAAUUUGUUUAGCAGAUGUAGAAUUCCAGCUUUGAAUUUUCUUCCAGUUUUGUCUGCCAAUAUGGAGAUGAUAAUUAGGAAAACUUGAUUUUCUGAUGAGUGUCAAAAUUCAUCUGUUGUACUGAGGGUUGUAAUUUUUUUUAUGCAUUUCCUGAAUCUUCACAAUCUUAUUAUAUAUAUAGAACCCUGUACAUCUACAUAUUAUACUGCACAUUGGGUUAUAUUGCAUAUUCUACUAUGAUCUCACUCGUUACUGAAAAUAAAUUUUAGUUGUAGCUAGUAUUACUCAAAAUUGUCAAGUUCUGAUAUGGAUAUUUUGUAUGAAGCAUGGUUCAUCUUUUGAUGAUGCAUCAGUAAUUGUAUUGACCAACGUGUAGUUACCAACAUGUUAACUAUCAAAGUUAUGCUCGGUAAAAUUUUAUGAAAAAUGUCUUUUAUGAUAAAAAAAAGUAGGUGAUUUUUAUCAUCUAUUGCAUAUAUUUUGGGGAAAUUGAUCUUUUGCGCUUCUGACUAUAAAUAUGCUAGGCGUGUCAGGACAUAGAUAAUUUUCAAUUCCAAAAUGUGCCAUCUGGCCAUAGGCAAAAAUGGAUGGGUUUUGCAUACUGUCAUGUUUUAACAAUGAAUUUUCAAACGUGAUUUUUUAAUUAAAUUGCAGUAAUUUUUCAUUCAUUAACAGUAAUGUCUUCACAAAAUGUUUCAAACCUAUUAAAAAUUCCUAAAUAGUAAUCGUUUUUUUCUCUUAAUCUAUGAAUAACUUUGUCAUUACAUUCGCAAUGAUCAUAUU